AUGUCUGUGAUCCACCCGCCCACGGACCGGUACCAGUUGAAGUUUGAACCGUUUCUGCGGCAGGAGUACCAGUUCAGCAGGGACCCUGACCGCCCCGUGUGUCCCGACUACGAUGCGCGUGCUGGUGUUCGGUCGUGCCCUCGUGGCUCGAACUGUCCCAUGAAGCACAUACUGCCGAACUUCAGCAACAAGAUAGUGUGCAAGCACUGGUUGCGCGGGCUGUGCAAGAAGAACGACCAGUGUGAGUACUUGCAUGAGUACAACCUACGGCGGAUGCCCGAGUGUGUGUAUUUCGCGAAGAACGGGUACUGUACGCAGUCACCGGAUUGUCAGUACCUGCACGUGGACCCGCAGUCGCGGAUCCCGCGAUGCGAGUACUACGACCUUGGGUUCUGCUCCGAGGGUGCGCAGUGCAAGAACCGGCACGUGAAGAAGAAUGGGAUCUGCCAGCGGUACUUGAACGGGUUUUGCCCCGUUGGGAGGGAGUGUAGUGACGAGCACCCUGCGUUCCCGGAUGAUGCACUGACGGAUGUGUCUGUGCGGAACCGUGUCGGAAUCAAGAAGGAUUACGAGAUCAAUACGAGGAAGAUGGACUUAGAGAAGGAGAGGCGUCUGAAUGCCAUCAUCAACGGUGAUAUAGAUGCGUGA